UUUGAAGGAAGUAUUGAAAAAGUAUGAUAUAGAUGGAAAUGGUAUAGCAAUGAUCAGACAAUUUCCAUCGGUGACCUACAAACUCGAAGACGAAGAAGAGGAGUUACAACAAUGUAUAAAGGAAAUAAAACGCAGGUUGGGAAAUAUGGGAACUUUACUUGCUGAUAGUAAUGAAGCUAUGCGUUAUGAAUAUAUUUCCGCUAUUCUCCAUGCUUCGCUUUAUAUUGUCAAAGAAUAA